AAACUUAUGUUUUCCGAAAGAAGUAAAAAAAGUAACUGUUUCAUGUUGUGUUCGUGGAAUUCUCAAAGCGCGAGGAUAUUUUUAUAUCCAUUCAUAAAAAUCAUAGCUCUUCACUGACCAUUGUAGUACCCCCAAUUGUUCUUCAUUUCUUUAAAAUUACACUACAACCGUUUAUUUGAGGUAGCAAGGAGCAUGCUCGCUUUAUAUAUUCUGUGAUUUAACAUUUGCUGGCUAUAUUUCAUAGACGGUGAGUUUAAAGUAUAACUGUAAAAGAAAGAAUAAAAAAAUACUCCAGUUUGCUACCAAUUGUAGCCCCAGAACGAGCUCCCCGCUUUGUGCGUUCCGAAAACUGGUAUCUACUCGCAGUUGCCAUAGUAACGAAAUACAAUAUGGCGGCUCAAUAACAAUGACAGUCCGAUAAAAUGUAAUUUCGUUUGCGAAAUUUAGCGUUCUAAAUCGUUUUGCAUGCUUCAAUGUUCUCCCAAUAGUGAUGUCUGAAUUGUGUGCAACGGACGCUUUUUAUGAACAGCUCAAAAGUCUUCGAAUUGAAGACUUUCCUUGCGGCCUUGGAUCUUGGAGGCAAGCAUUGGGCCGAAGUGUAUCAAAAUAUGAUUCUGGUGGAGUGCAGUAUGAAAGUGUCGAAGCUUUGCUAGACCUUGAGAAAAGUUCUCCAUAUGCUGUUGAUGGUGGUUGGAGUAAAGAGGCAGCAGACUUACGAAAGAUUGCCAUAGAGACGCCACAUUUCUUGCAAGAUCCUAGUUUCGUAUUGAGGCACUUCACAACGCUCAGAAUUAUAGACAAAAAUGUUAACAUCAUAGACGAAGGUAUUUUAAAGUUUGUUAACUUAAAGGAGUUAAUUCUGUCUGCAAAUCAUAUCAGCAAGAUAGAUGGGAAAAAUUUACCAAAAGGAUUAGAGGUCCUAGAGUUAGCUGCAAACAAUGUCUCUGACCUAAGUGCACUGAAAUCUGCCAAUCUUUGCUCAUUGCUGCAUCUUGGCUUGGCUCAAAAUCAGGUCACUAACAUUUUACCACGAUCUUAUACUCCUUCAAAAUGGCCAUCAUUGCUAUCACUUGAUCUCAGCUACAACAACCUCAGCAAUCUUCAAAGUACUGUAGAAAUUCUGAAACACCUUCCAGCUCUCAGAAAUCUUCUACUUGUCGGUAAUCCACUUCAUUUGGCGAAAUGCUACCAUGGUUUCUUGAUUGACAGCAUUCCAGGUCUUUCGUAUCUUGAUAAUCAAGAGGUCUCCGCUGAUGAUAAACAUCGUUUCAAAUCAUUUUCUAAAAUCAAGGAUUUAGACGUGAAUAACAGUUAUGUGACUGUUCGAAUCAUUGGCAUAAAUGAUGUUAAGAAUCCUGUCCAAAUCGAGGACCCCGAAGCUGGCGAUUUUCCAAAAGUUGAGCAUAAAUAUCACGUCGAAUUUAUGUUCAUGAAGGACAAGAUUGAAAAACAAAGCGAUAUUACUGAAAAUAUCGAUGGUAAAGAAUUCGAAGAUACCGCCGCAAACGAUAGCGAAGGCAACCUUGAUUGUAUUUCCACUGACAACCUACUUUGGGCAGAGAUGCUUGAGUUUGACUUCUGUAAAACGAUCAAGAUUUCUGAGCUGAGUCGGCUUAGGAGUUUUCUCAAAGACGGCAUCACUUUCGGGGUGGUUGCCGUAAAACACUCGUACGUGCCGGACGACCCAAGCCUUAGCGAGGAUCAAAACAUUGCUGCUGUGGUAGCUGGGGAGAAAACACAGGAAAAGCAUGCCGUGAAAACUAGUGCGUCUAAAGAUCGUAUUAAAUUGGACGGGAAAAAGUCGGCGAAAACUAAGAGUGCUGUUAAGGUGACGGUUGGGAAGGAAAAAGGCGGGAAAAAGGACAAACGUGACGUUAGCGAGUUAUUCGAACUACCCCAGGAGCGCAAAACCGUGGGCACAUGUCACGUGUUUCUUGCGUCAUUUCUGGAUGGCGAUACUGUGGUCAACGUCAGCUCUCCGUGUGUGGAGGAGAAUACGGGGGGUGAAAAUGAUCGGACAACUGAGGGUGAUGCAGAACUGCAGAGUGCUAAACGAUCUGAUGACAAGAGGAAAGGGAAAGGGGAUGGAGACAAACAUCCUAAAAUUAUGCCUCCAGCAAAAGGUAAGACGAAAUCCGCAAAUCCUCUUGCUGGAAAAGGAAACAAAGGUGGAAAGGGAAAAGAUAAAGUGGAAGAAUUGAGUGAGGCACACGGUGACGAGGAAGCACCACCCCCGCCGCCACCAUUGUCUAUAAAACUGGAGGUGAAGCUGGAGCGUUUGACUUGUACAAAAGAUGCUUUGGUAGAAGACAAAAGCUAGAGUAUUCCAAAUGUUGUACAUUCUAUAGAGUUUUGUACAGUAACAUUUUGUGAUCAUAAAUUCACAAAAAUGGAUUGAAAAUUGACUUGCAGCGUCUUUAUUCACGGCGAAUUAAUAAUAAAUAUUCUUGGAAUUUUAUACUUCGGAAUUCCUGGCCAGAUUUUUCCCGCCUCUCCGUGGUUCCUCAUCCGAAACCCUUUUGCAAGGCUAUAGGAAUCGGGUGCAAAAUGGCGGUAGAGGCGGCAGUGAAUCGCUUGGAAGCUUUGGUACGAUUUGUAAAUAUACCUUUAGUGCUAAACACUUUAUAAUAGCUUUUGCUUCUUUCUUAAAAUUAAAUAGCUUUUGCUUCUGUUUCCGAAUACAUUCCUUCAAAUCCUUAAUUUUUUUGGGUAAUUUGCCCGUCUUGUUUUGAAUAUAUUU